UGAUACUAGGAAGUAUAAUUGAAUUACACCGGAGAGAAGGAAGACAUAUUGGAUUUUUAUUUUAAAUUUUCUUAUUCAUAAAAUUCAACGUCAAAAUAAUGUCUUUAAGACCAUUAAGUUAAACUUGGGAAAUAAUUCAAGGGAAGUCAUGGCUGUCCCAGGUAAAAAAGCCACCAAACAUUUUUCAUCUUCAACAAUCUCUAUUGGUUCUGAUGAAGAUCUUCAAGUUUAUUGUCAGCCAUGUGAUCAGGAUGGAUCUAGACUUCCAGCUUAUGGUUAUUGUACAAACUGCUCGGAACAUUUGUGCAAAACAUGUUAUACACUUCACAGAAAACAUAAAUUGUCAAGAGAUCAUACUCUACUAGACAAAACCAGCAUGCCUCAGACCAUGUCACCUGUUACUCCAACACAGUCAGAUAACUUCACCAAACCAUGUCCUAAACACAACAUGGAGAUGAUCAAGUUUUACUGCCAUGAUCACAAGGCUCUCCUCUGUAGUGUUUGUGUUACACUGGAGCAUACAGCAACAUCUUGUCAAGUCAAUUAUAUACCUGAUAUUUCAGGCCAGGUUAUCAACAGCACAGAAUAUCAAGAUAUAUUGAAGAAAAUUGAUGACAUGACUGAGAAAUCUAGCAAAACACUUCAAGACAUGAAGAAAAUGAAUGAUAAAUCAAACAAGUCUUUGACAGAUGCAUUGUCUGAACUAAAGACAUUCCGAUCUAAAAUGAACCAAAGACUAGAUGAAAUGGAAAGACAAGUCGAGGAGGCUGCAAAAGUCAUUCAAAAAGACAAUAACAAAAAUUUGAUGAAAGUAGAAACAGAAUGUGGAGAUGUUUCGAAAUCCCUGAAGUCAUCCUCUGAUGCCAUUAAACAUUUCAAUGCAUCUAAGAAAGGAAAUGAUUUGUUCAUAGAACUAAAACACAUGGAACAGAUAAUAAAAGAUUACAAGCAAAGUAUUGCUAAGCUCACAGAAUAUAAAGUCAAAGAAUACAAUUUUGAACCAAAUGAGGCAAUAUCAAAUCUCCUUGAUAAAGAUGAGUCAAUGGGAACAUUGAAAGAAAGAACAUUAAAUCCUGAUUUGAAGUCCAGACAAUGUUCACACAUGGAUAAAAUCUGUAUCAAAACAUCACAAGAUAAUCAUGAAUGCACAAUAACAGGAAUGACUCUCCUUUCUCCUGAUCUUCUUAUCAUCACAGAUAGUGGUAACAGUGCUGUAAAAAUGGUUGAUAUGAGCAAAAUGUCUGUACUGGCUCAACAAUGCUUUGAUAGUACACCAUGGGAAGUCACAUCAGUUUCACAAAAUGAACUUGCUGUCACUCUUCCUUGCAAUCAAACUAUUCAGUUCUUAUCUGUUUCCAGCAAUAACCUCAAGAAGAAACAUACUCUGAAGGUUGAUGGUACCUGUCAUGGUAUUAGCUGUCAUAAAGAUAAAAUGGUGGUGUCAUUUUUGAGUCCAGCUAAAGUUCAAAUCCUUCUUAUCAAUGGGACUGUUUUACAGACAAUUCAAGAUGACAAUAUUUUUAUAAAUCCAUUCUAUAUUACAACAAGUGACAAUUGUAUCUACGUAUCUGAUUCUGGAAUGAAAACAAUUACCAAGCUAAACUGGCAGUGUGAGGUGAAAGGUAAAUAUGUCUGUAAAGAUAAGCCUUAUGGCUUGACAAUGUCAGAUGAUGGGACAGUGUUUGUUUGUUACUAUGACAACAAUACCAUAGAAGAGAUAUCAGGGGACUGCACUAAAGGACAGGUUGUUGUUAAGGAUGUGCCAGGUCCUCAAACUGUUGUCUGGUCUGCUGAAACAUGUACAUUGUUCACAAGCAGCUAUACAGAACAGAACUUUAUCAAAAUCUUCAAAUUGUCUAAAUAAGGACAGAAAAUCAGCCUACAUAAAUUAUAAUGAAUAGUUAUAUAAAUAUCACUGACAUUAUUGUACACUGUAAACUGAUGAGCUUAAUGUUUACUUUUCAUAAUUUUAGACACUUAUUUUAACGUGGUUAUUGUAAUAAUCUAAGACUAAAUAACAUUACAAAAUACAUCUGGUUUAAAAAUAAAUGAUGAUUUAACUGUAAUCAGAAAAUGUUUUACAAAUCACAAUAUUUUAAACAGAAAUAUGUUUCUUAAAAACAUGUAACAUUUAAUACUGAUAUCAUUGUAUAAAUUUCAUUAAAUAGUGUAGAUAGAAUGUAUUAUUUUAUAAUAAAAUCUGUACAGUUCUGCUAUUAAAAAGAUACACUAUUAUGGAUAAGUGU